AUGAUAGACCUAAAUGUCCCGUGGACGACAGCCAGCGAUGCGAGCACUUGGUUGUCUGCAGCACAGCUACGUGGAUGGUAUUCCCUGGGUUUUAACGUGUACUGCCGUGCUGACAAGAUGAAUGUCCAAGAUAUACCACUUAAUUUGCCCCCCUAUGAUUUUAAGGGCCAAGAGCAGGGGACGGAGGGAAAGAUAGUGACAACUCUAGGCCGGCAACUGCCCGGUGGCGCCACUUUCAUAAGGCGCGUGACUGUGAUGCUAAACGAUGGAUUCCAGCCCAAUUCGUUCAACAAGAUUGCAGAAGGGCGUGAUUACGACGUGGUGGCAGUAAUGCCAACUACACAGAAGACAUUCCAAGUCGCAUGUGAGACACUCAACUGUGACCUCAUAAAUCUAGACUAUUUUUGUCAUUAUGGAACGUUCAAAGUGAAACGCGGUAUGGUGACCGCAGCGCUACACCGUGGGUGCUUCUUCGAGGUAACCAUGGCAACGCUGGACCACCUGGGGUAUCAGGACGAGGUGAUGAGCGUGACCGUCAAAGACCGCGCCCGGAUUUUCCGCGCGCACCUCACUUCCGUUCUACACUACAUUCCAUUAAAGCGACUUGUACUCUCACCGGGUAAUUUGGACCCAACAAAUGUCGUUGAUCCACCCACGUUCAUAGGGAUGUGCAACGAACUUAUUGCCAGUGCAACUGGUGAAUCCUGCGACGCCAGCGCCUGUGUCACGGCCGCACCGAAAGGAUGUAUCGCAAAGGGGGCGGCCAGACGCACUUAUGGCACGGGGAUUCUAGUUCACAUGGCAGAAGAACCUUUGGGGAAAAGGUUCACAUCGCUCAAUCGCAAUUGA